CACCCUAUAACAAAGAACGGUGCCCACUGGCUUUGAUCUCACACGCUAAUGUUCACCCGUUCUGCUCCCACCGCUCUGUUUCGCCUCAAGUUCGCCGCCGGCGCAUCCGUUCACUCCGGCCACUCCAUGUCUGCCGCCGCAUCCCCCAACUCCGCAUCAUUGCCGCCGUCCAAAACUGUGCGGGUAGAGAUAAAAGGAAGGGUGCAGGGCGUGUUUUUCAGAGACUGGACGGUGGAGAACGCAAGGGAGCUCGGCCUACACGGUUGGGUCCGUAACCGUAGGAACGGCUCCGUUGAGGCCGUGUUUUCCGGUGAUCCAGACGCCGUGCAGGAUAUGGUCGAGAGGCGCUGCAGGGUCGGACCUCCGUCCUCCGUCGUCACCGGCAUUGCUUCCUUUCCCUGGAACGAAGACCCUGGCCAAGGUUUCCAACGCAAACCCACUGUCUGAAUUAAUUUUUGCUUGAAUUGAAGCAGGGGUAUAUUUGAUGCUCUACUUGAAUAAGUUUGUUUUACACACUCAACAUUGCCUUGUGUGAUAUAUAUUAUAUGUGUUUAUACGAAAUGUGGAGAGAUCAACUUCUUAUGGCAUUGGAAUUACAUUGGAGUGUGUGUCUGGUUGAUUGUACUUUGAAGAAAUACUUGAAUUGCCUGUAUACGUAUAGGUUUGUGAUGUAGUUGAAUGGUAAAACUGCAUUUCUGUGUUUUGAAAA